AUGCAUAAUCUCCGAUCUAUAACCGUUGACGUGUCUAGCAAGAAAGCUUGGGUUCAAGCUGGUGCAAAUUUAGGAGAACUCAACACCAAAAUCGCUGAAGCGAGCAAAACCUUAGCGUUUCCGGCUGGCGUUUGCCCUUCGGUAGGAGUUGGUGGACACAUCACCGGCGGAGGGUACGGGAAUCUGAUUAGAAAAUACGGACUUUCGAUUGAUCAUGUAGUUGAUGCUCAAUUAGUUGAUACUAAUGGAAAGAUCUUGAAUCGAGCUACCAUGGGAGAAGAUCUGUUUUGGGCGAUUCGCGGUGGUGGCGGUGCGAGCUUUGGCGUUCUCCUCUCUUGGAAAAUCAACCUCGUCGAGGUUCCAGAGAUGUUAACAGUGUUUAAAGUUAACAAAACAUUGGAACAAGGAGCCAUUGAUGUUCUGUACAAAUGGCAGCUUGUCUCUAGCAAAUUACCCGAAAAGCUUUUCUUAAGAGCAGUGCCUCAAAUUGUAGAGGGAGCGAAAUCUGGCGAAAAAACCAUCGCAGUUAAGUUCUACGCACAGUUCUUAGGGCGAGCGGAUAAACUAAUGGCGAUUUUAAACAAGAAUUUGCCUGAAUUAGGGCUAAAACGUGAAGAUUGCUAUGAAAUGAGUUGGCUAAACACGAUGACGUUUUGGAUGAAUUACCCGGUCGGGACACCGACUAGUGUUCUUCUGAAUGCACUAGCCGGUCCGCCUGGAUCAUACUACAAGUGCAAAUCGGAUUAUGUCAAGAAACCGAUCCCAAAAGAAGGAAUGGUGAAGUUUUGGAAAACAAUGUUGAAAUUCAACAAUGCGUUUAUGGAAUGGAACCCAUACGGCGGAGUGAUGGACCGGAUUCCGGUGAAUGCCACCGCGUUUCCUCACCGGAAAGGAAACAUGUUCAAGAUUCAGUACUUUGCGUUAUGGGAAGACGCAAACGCCACAGACGCUACUUUAGGUUUGAUGAAAGAACUUUACGACGUGGCUGAGCCGUACGUGUCAAGUAACCCGAGAGAGGCGUUUUUGAAUUAUAGAGACAUGGAUAUUGGAAGCAAUCCGAGUGGAGAGACGAGUGUUGAAGAAGCUAGGAUCUAUGGAUCAAAGUAUUUCAUGGGGAAUAUGAAGAGAUUGAUGGAUGUUAAAGCUAAGUAUGAUCCUGAUAAUUUCUUUAGGUACGAGCAGAGUAUUCCUCCUGUUCUUGCAAUGUAA